CUUCACUUUCCCCAGCCUGUUGUUUGUUCCAAUGAUCCCAGCGAUAUAAACUUGUUGUUAGUUUGAAAUUAUAACGGCUUUUGCCAACUAAUCAUCACCGAAGGAGCUCAAUAUUAAUUGUGGUACUAAUCACGCAGUGAUCAGCAAAUCCGAUAUUCACACGUAACUCAAACCGAUCAAAAUGCAAUUCCCAUUGGACAUUCAGAGGACAAUGAAAGAUAAUAACAGAAUUGCUUAAAUGGAGGUAAAAAAACAUAAAGACAAGAGACUUUUAUCUCUUCAUUAGAGAAUGGAUCUGGAAGCUACAAUAAUGGAGCGCCUCCAAGAGCUCCGAAAAUGGCAAGUCGAACAGCAUGACAAGCUGCUCCAGCAGCAGCACGAGCAACGACAGCUCCUGACAAUGGAGCAAGAGCGCAUGUAUGAGGCCCUGGGCCUAAAAGAGAUUAUCGCCGACGAGGCUAUCCUAUCCCAAAUGUCCCCAUCCGCCGGAAAAAUAAUUCAUUCCCCAGUGAAGCAUUCAAAAGACUCCAGCAAGAUCCUCCACUCUCCUGAGAAGCUGAACGACUCAAGAACCAGCGAAUUAUCUGGUUGCUCCUCAGCUGACAUCGAUGAACAUCCCUCGAUGCAGCUGAACAUUCCAGCACUGCAUCUGACUUCCCCCACGAGCGGUCUCUCCAGCGUGAGCACUCCCAGACCAAACCAGAGCCACAAUCCAUCGUCUGAUCAUGGUUACGAGUCAGAGAAGAUCGUUGAGACGCCCAGAGGCUUCACAAUAUCCUCGAACGUCUCUGUGGAAGGAGUGGAGCCUUUGCCAAUCGAGAACAACUGCCUCCAGAAGCGGUUGGGGAUCGAUGACGUGCCAAUCCCCUCCCCGAGGAAAGACUUUAACACUUUAUUAGAAGAAAGACUGCGAGAAUCAGAAAGUACUGAAAAAUCGACCAGCGAGCAGAAGAGUGUAAUGAAGAGACCCUUCCUGAAGAGAGGAGAGGGACUAGCUAGAUUCAAGCCCAACAGCAAUGCCGCCAGAUGUUCGACGAGAACCAGGAGCACGUCAUUAUCAGCCAUGGGAUACGCCCGUAAUACAAAAAAGCCUAAAGAACCCCAGAAAAAUGGAAAACCCCAUAAAUCCCGAAGAAGUGCUCCAGUAAUUCCUCCAGUGAGUCAGCAGAAACUCAACCUCAAGUCCGUCCCUCCUCCCAAGAAGACUUGUAGCAAAUCACAGUCGUCAGGUGUCUGCUCUGCUACAAAGACCCCAAGACCAGCUGAGAGUAUUUCCACGAAUGAUAGAAUCAAGACUGAGGAUGAGUCCAACCACUCGGACCUGGACUCAUCGAAGCUCGAGACAAAAAUGUUCGAGUUUCUGGAGGAGAAGGCAGAAAACUCUAGCUUUUGCUCGACCUCCAGUGCAGUGUUGACAUUUAUGCAGCAGUCAACACCCCUCAAGCUCAGGAGUAUCAAACAAAAACUGUGCACCCGCACACUAUCUCCAUCAAAAUCGAAGUACCAGAGGUCACCACUUCGAGGGAUUCGUGAGACAGUCGUGCAGAAGGACAUCGUAAUCUCUCAGUGGAACGAUGAACCCUUUUCAGAGGACAAGCCCUCUGAGACAUUCGUCAAUGAUCCGAGGAAGAUUAAGAGAAUCGUGGAGUCACAGGAGAGGAACACGGAGAUGAUUCUUCACAACAACAAUGAUAUUAUAGGAUUUAAGGAGGAUAUGGAUAGUAAUUCAAAUAUCUCCACCAGUACAGACAUUGACUCGAACCUGGAGGACAAAUCUGGUGAUUAUCAGGAGGAAAAUAAGGCGAAUGUCAGCAUGCAUGUCAGAUUUGCUGAGUACAAUGAAUACAAAACUAUAGGUCUGAGUGACACUUCAAUGAUCUCGACAGACUCUCAAAAUCACAAUUUAAACGGGGAUAAAAUCUGGAGUGAAACGUCAAAUUCGUCAGAGUCGUCAGACGUCGAGGAUUUUCCCGAGCCCCCUCAGAACUACAGCAUCGAAUCCAGCAUAAAGUAUCCAUCGAAGCCGAGACUUCAAGGCUCCAUUCAGCCUAGAAAUCUCGAGAAUGACGAGAACUCGACUGAUCACAGUACAGAAGAUGAGCACUCAGUGCUGGACGAUUCAGAAGGAACUUAUUACGACGAGGACAACACCAUUUCAGAGCUGCAGGAGGCGGUAAGAAAAACUAUGGAGAGCUACAACGAGAAGGUUAAGGACCUGUCAAUUCUGGACGUGACUCCAGUGAGUCGAAAAGCACCUGAGGAGGAGGGUACGAUCUUCAAAUCCGAACUUCUGAAGACUAGGCUCCUGGAAUUGGAGCGUGAGAUUGAAAUUUUCAGAAGGGAAAACGCGACAUUAAUUUCUGAGAGAGAAAAAUUGAGAGAAGAGCAUCGUCGGCGGAUGAGGGAGGUUAAAGAAAAAGAAGACAAUCUGGAGAAAGAGAGGAUCAGAAUGGAGACUGCCCUGCAAGAGGAGAAGAAGAGAAUAGCGAGGGAAAAGAUAGCACUGGAGAAUCGUCUGAAGGAUGCGAGGGAGAAAUCCAUCCAGAACAAGCAGGAACGUCAGGAGGCGCAGGUGCUCAAGGAACAACUUGAGGAAUUGAAGGGUGAGAUGUAUGAGAAGGAGCAAAGGUGGGAGGCGGCGCAGGCGAGGCAGAAGAGCCAGAUGAGAGUUCUCCAGAUGGAGAAUGCUAAAUUAAAACAGGAGUUGGAGAAGCUGCAGUCUGCUAAGAGAGGCCCAACGAGGCUGAAGAGGCCAGGCACUCUGUCCAACACGAGAGCUAUUCAUCAGAUCAACAAGCACUUGGAGCACAAACGUAUUACUUCAACCAAAAAAUUCCAGCACUUGUGUGAAGAUGAAAAGGAGGGCUCGGUCAAAUCUAGGGUUGAUAAAAUACCCUCGAACAUUAACAACGAUUUAGUAUCGUCCAAUGACACUGGCAAGGUUAUUGCCUACGAAUCUUCACAGAGGGUGGUCCCCACUGAAGACGAGAUUGCCAACCGAAGGAAUUUGUACCAGGAUCUGCUGAAGGAAGCUGCGAGUGGAUUCAGGGAGGAUUCGCAGCGAAAAUCUGAUAUCACUGAGAAUGACCAGGUUCAGAAGGAAAAUGCAGAGAUUAGGGGGUCAGCGAACGAGAUAGUAGAGUCUCUGGCGGUUCCUAGAAGUAAUUACCCUGUAGGGAAGGAAGGGAGUGGGUCGAGGAUUGUUGGAAGUCCCAUUGUUUUGAAAUCAACUGAGAAUAUUGAACCAUCGAGAGGAUCUUAUCAGCAGUUUGUUCGUGAUGUCCUGACCCCCAAAAUUGAAUCGAGGCCGUUGAGUUCUGAUUCUUCAUCUAGCGAUCAUUGUUCAACAAUUGGAGAUGAGCUGAGCAAGGGGUUCACUGGGGAUAAAUCUUCAGAAAACAGAGUAUUAACGACUCGAGUGGAUCAUCCAAAGUUCGUGGGAUCUAGUGAAUUGACUCCUCGUAAACAGCAUGAAGAGCCAUUGUCAAAGCCCCCAGACACUGUGACACCUCGUGCUGAUCUUGUGUCCAUUAGCCAUCUCUCUGAUGCGUCAGGAUUGAAGACCAGUCCGCAGGAGAAAACACACAUUCGAGAGAUUCUUCAUCGUGAUGGCCACACUGAGUACUGGUAUCCCAAUGGCAAUGUGAAAAAAGUUUAUCCUGAUCGCAACAUCACGAGGAUGAUUUACUACAAUGGAGAUGUGAGGGAGAAUACUGAGGAGGGCUGCAUCAGGUAUUUCUACUCUGCUACUAACACUUGGCAUACAACUUAUCCAGAUGGAUUUGAGAUUUUGGAGUUUCCGGAUGGUCAGGAGGAGAGAAGAACUACUGAUGGAGUUGUGGAGGUGUCUUUCCCCGAUGGAUCGAUUCGACUGAUGCAACCGGAUGGGGUGGAGAAGUGGGUUUUGGCAGACGGAACUACUGCGGAGACUUUCCCGAAUGGAGAGAAAAUACUUUCACUUCCGAAUGGACAGCGGGAAAUUCAUACGAAGGAGCACAAGAGACGGGAAUAUCCUGAUGGGACCGUGAAGUACGUAUACCCCGAUGGCACCCAAGAAACUCGUUACUCAAACGGGAGAAUCCGUGUCAAGGACAAAGAUGGUAAUCUCUUGCGUGACACUCAUCAGCCAUAAUCACUCAUCAUGCAACUUUUGAGAAUCAAAGGCACGUUUCAAUGACAUCCAAACUUUUUGCGAAGUACAAACUACUCUUAAGUCAUCGAGUCACGAAAAAACCAACAAGGUAUUACAAAUCAUUUAUUCAAAAGACUGUAUAUUUUACAAUUAAUUAACCGCUCUCCACAAAUAAUUGUAAACCCGUUCGAUAAAAUAUGACAAAUAUCUUCUUCAAACGAAGAUAAACGUACAUAAUAAGAGUGAAUAUUUCUGGUACAAGACCUUUGCUUUGUUCAUUUCAUGUAUUCUGUUACAUUACCACAGAAUCAUCAAAAAAAAUUCUAAAAAAAUAUACAAUAUUCGAUAUUUGUACUGUA